AUGUCUAAUCUUCCAACAGUUGAACAUGUGAAGGCAUGGAGUCGAGAGGACGUUAAAGCAUUUUUACAAAACAACAAAACUGAAUUAGACCUUGAAGACGGAGAUAUCGAAAUAUUAUAUAAUCAGAGGGUUAAGGGUGAUACUUUCCUUGAUUUAGCACGAGAUGAUCUUUUGAGUAUUCAAAUACCUCUUGGACCCGCAAAAAAAAUCGUUAAAUUAAUCAAUGAAAUUCAAGGAG